AUGGAGCCUCUCGAGCUCCACGUCUGGGGCCCGGCCUUUGGUCUGCCAUCCAUCGACGCCGAGUGCCUCGCCGCCAUCGCCUACCUUCACACCGCCCUGCCCAGCUCUGAAUGGCGUCUGGUCCCGAGCAACGACCCUGCCGUCGACUCAUCUAACCGUCUUCCCGCCCUCAGAGCCAACGGCGCCUACGUAACAGGCUACGUCUCCAUCGUGUCCCACCUGCGCUCCCUCUCGCCGCACUCCCCCUCCUGGGACCUCGACCUCGACUCGCGCCUGUCGCCGUCCGAGCGCGCCGACGCCCUCGCCCUCGGCGCCUACGUCGAGUCCCACGUCGCGCCCCUGCUCGACGCCUACCUCUACGCCGACCACGACAACUGGUCCGCCGUCACCCGCCCCGCCCUCAGCCGCGUCCUCGGCUUCCCGCUCAGCUGGACCGUCCCCGUCCAGCUCCGCAACCAGGCCCUCGCCCGGAGCGCCCACCUCGGCUUCGGGUCCCUCGGCGAGGAGGACGAGGACGAGAACGACCUCAAGACCGGGUCGUCCAGCCAGGGCACCCUGGACCGCGCGAUGAAGCACCUCCCCGUUGCGGGGACCUCCUCCUCCGGGAAGAAGAGCGUCAUGGAGGAGAUGAAGGCGAGGUCGGCGAAGGGCAUCAGAAUGCACGCCACCACCAUCGACACCUUCACCCCGCUGGAGGAGCAGCGGGCGAAAGGCGAGACCAGGAAAGGCGACAAGGCGCGCUUCUUCGACGGCGACGUCCCGACCUCCCUCGACUGCCUCGUCUUCGGCCACCUCGUCCUUGUCCGAGCAGUCAAGACCCCGCAGAACUGGCUCCAGAGGAUCCUCUCCAACAAGUUCCCCCACCUCUGCGAAAUGGUCGACCAACUCCGCGAGGCGUGCCUCGCCAGCCCGGGCCCUCUCCCCUGGACCCCCGCCCCGACCUCGUCCCUCCGCACCGCGGCGCGCUUUCUGGACAACGUCGUCCAGGCCACGCCGAACCUCGGCGACGCGUACGUGAGCGAGUGGCGGCUCCGGGCCGAGAAGAAGGCCCGCGGCGUCGCGGACCGGAGGACCCUCGCGCUCGCGGGCGGCGUGUUGGCCGCGGGCACGGCGAUCGCCUACGGCGUGUGGACGUACAGGGGGCUCCCGACGUGGGGCGCGCGGACGCAGACGUGGAUGGCCGAGAAGAGGGGGCUUAGCAAGUUCGGGGAGCUGGGCGCCAUGUUGGACUUUUCGUUUGGGCUUGCGGAACCGGCGCCGCAGGCGAGUCCGAAUGCUGGAUGGGGAGGGGGCUUCGGUGCCGGCUCGGAGCACAAGGUUGUCGAGUCCGAGUUGAGCGUUGAUUAG